UAGCCACACCACUUUGUCAUCAGCACAGCACGACGAGAUACGAUAGACCGGAGCCGCAAAGGGGUAGAGGCAGUCAACAUCCCUCUCACUCUUUCACUCGCGCUCUUCCUCCCACAUCAUGGGGAUCACAUUCUCCUCCCUGCUAGGUCCUCUAGCCUUCUGGUCGCGCAAUCGAGAAGUGCGCAUCCUCAUGCUUGGUCUAGACAGCGCAGGCAAGACGACCAUCCUGUACCGACUACAACUGGGUGAGGUGGUGGGUACGACACCAACGAUAGGCUUCAACGUCGAGACUGUGCGCUACAAGAACAUCUCCUUUCAAGUAUGGGAUUUGGGAGGUCAAAGCAGUAUCCGACCUUAUUGGAGAUGUUAUUACGCAAACACUACCGCCGUCAUCUUUGUCAUCGAUGCGGCCGAUGCAAAGAGGUUGGAUACCAGCAAGGAAGAAUUGCACGCCAUCUUGCAAGAAGAGGAAUUGAAGAAUACGAAAUUGUUGGUGUUGGCGAACAAGCAGGAUCUGGAUCAUGCGCUGAAAGCGGAACAGAUCACCGAAAGACUCGACUUGGUGGAGAUGAAGGAGAGGAGCUGGACUGUGCAGGAAUGCUCCGCUCUCAAAGGUCAAGGGUUGGAAGAGGGUUUGGAUUGGCUGGUCAGCUCUUUGUAUUAAAGCACACUCGCGCAGCCAUUUCGUCGUCUCGGGCUCCUCUUCUACGCACCUUUUAAAAGUUUCCCAGCAAAUCACUUUCAAUCGCAGCAAGAAUCCAAUUCGCACCAGUUCCUCCGCCCUGUUUCGUGCCCAUCAGUCAUCUG